AUCGAUUUUUCUGGCCAAGGCCGUAGCUAAAGUGAUCCAAACUGGAAAGGUCGGGUCCAUCUUUCAUAUAGGAGACGUCAGUUACGCCACGGACUUCUUGUCGAAUGGGACUUCUUCCUUCACCUCAUCACGCCACUCGCUUCUCAAGUCUCAUACAUGACCGCUAUUCGUAAUCACGAAAGGGAUCAUGCAGACUCUGGAUCUGUGUAUGUGACCCCGGAUUCAGGAGGCGAAUGUGGAGUCGCCUACGAGUCCUACUUCCCCAUGCCUGCUGUCAGUAAGCACAAGCCGUGGUAUUCGAUUGAGCAAGGGAGCGUUCACUUCAUUGUGAUGUCAACCGAGCAUGAGUGGUCAGAGAAGUCGGAGCAGGCAUAGGCCCAUGUAUUCCUCCAAUGGGGGUAUACUGCCCAGCGUGGAUUCAAACUUUGCUGCCUCUGUUGAGCCACUCCUGCUCGACAACCAGGUGGAUUUGGUUUUCUUCGUCCAUGUGCACAAUUACGAGAGGACCUGUGCAGUAUACCAGGGCAAAUGCAAAGGUAUGCCAAAGAAGGAUGCAGGCGGAAUUGAUACAUAUGACAACAGCAACUUUACCGCGCCAGUUCAUGCCAUUGUUGGAUCAGGAGGGUUCAGCUUGGACAACUUCCCUAAGAAUGGGGCAGUUGGAGCUUAUCGAGGGUUUCAGAGUUUGGCUAUGCCAGGGUGCAUGCCACAAGAACUGAUAUGCUAGUUCAGUACGAUGGAGGUCCGGGACCAAUUGAGGGGAGCUUCGGCAAAGAAGCCACGGAGCCUGAUAAUUCAACAGUAGGUGCAGCUUGCGAAAAAAGGAAGAUGAAAUUGGAGCUACUUCUAAAAGUUUUGCUAUACUGUAAAUUGGUGCUGAGUUACAGGUUAGUAUUUUAAUGGUUACACGACAUUU